CCCAUCAUCAUUUGACCUUUUUCCUCGUUGUUUCCUUCAUUCUCUCUCCUUAUCUUCCCUUUAUAAUUUCUGCCAUUGUUUCUUCUCUCUCUUUAUUAAUCAAUCCUUCAUCUGACACAAAUUUCAGCAGUUUAUUGCAGACAUAAAAUUUCAGAUCUGUUGGUAUUUUUGAAAGGAGGAAAACAAAAUAUUGAAAAGAGAGGGAUAAGAUAUUGAAGUUGUGAUUAGAUCAAGAACGUUGAAACAAUGGCAGAAGAGCAUGGAUAUAAAGCAGCAGAAGGGCACAGAUUAUGUGCAAAUAAUUGUGGGUUUUUUGGGAGCUCAGCAACCUUAAAUUUAUGUUCAAAAUGUUACAGGGAUGUGCAUAUGAAAGAAGAACAAGAUGCGAUUGCAAAAGCGGCCUUAGACAGCACAAACCCGCACCCACACCCUAACCCCGAAACUCUUUCGGGGUUGGGGUUGGAUGCGGGAUCAUCCACCUUAGUCGAGCCUAAAAGCUCGACUGAGGAAGGUUGGAACUCGGCUGUUGAGAUAAUCUCAACAGUCGAGGUCCAACCUGGAUCUGUAGCUGAUCUGAUAACUCGACCUGAACCUGUGGUGGUCAUGUCAGCUCAACCUACCCGAUGUCUAACGUGUCGGAAACGAGUUGGGCUGACAGGCUUUAAGUGUCGGUGCGGGUUGAUGUUUUGUGGGUCCCAUCGAUACCCGGAACAACAUGGGUGCACGUUUGAUUACAAGACAGCUGGCAAAGAUGCAAUUGCUAAGGCUAACCCGGUGAUCAAGGCAAGGAAAUUAGACAAAAUUUGAAGGAUAGAGUAAUGAAAUUUGGACCCUUUGGAUUAUGUUUUUUUUAAUGAAUAUUUGAAUUUUAAUGAAUAUUUGUGGGAUAUUAGAGGAAUUUGAUGGUGGGUUAAUGAUUAAAAAAAAUGAAAAAUUGGGAGUGUAUUUUUUUUUCUUCCCUUUUUAAUUAGGCACAUAAUGUUGAGGUGGCCAGAUUAAGAAUUUGUAGUAUAUAAAAUUUCUUAUCUUUUGUUCA